AGGGAGUGGGACAGAUUCUGGGAGUGCAGCGGGGAGGAGUCCUGGCAGGGCUGAGCGGGAGCAGCCGGAGCGGAGCCAGGACACACAGCCUCGCGGAGAGGACGGCGCAGGCCAGGCCAGGCGGUGAGGAGUGGAGGUGAGAUGGCCGACAGCUACACGGAGCUGGAGCAGGCGGUGGUGGUGCUGGUGGAGAACUUCUACAAGUAUGUGUCCAAGUAUAGCCUGGUCAAGAACAAGAUCAGCAAGAGCAGCUUCCGGAAGAUGCUGCAGAAGGAGCUCAACCACAUGCUGACGGACACUGGAAACAGGAAGGCGGCCGACAAGCUCAUCCAGAACCUGGACACCAAUCACGAUGGGCGCAUCAGCUUCGACGAGUACUGGACCUUGAUAGGCGGAAUCACCAGCCCCAUCGCCAACCUCAUCCGCCAGCAGGAGCAGCAGGGCAGCAGCUAGGAGGCCCCAUGCCCCGAACCGGCCCCCUUCUCAGCCUCACCCCUGCCCCUGCCCCUGCCUCCACACCUGCCCCUUGCUGACCAGGGCCGGGGGAUGGCAGGGCUCCUUUGUGAGUGUCCCUGACUGGGGGUGUCUCUCUGACGGUCUCAGACCCCGAAGCCAGCAGGCCCUGAGACCCCUUUCCCCCAGCCGAGAGAUCAAAAUGCUGUUUGAGGUUCCCGAGAAUCUCCCCCCUCAGCCCCUGGACCGUGAUACGGUGUGAUUGCUGUCUCCUGACCUUGGGGGUCAGCGCGCUGCUUAGGUCCCUCUGCCCAGGUAUAGCAGCGGAGACCUCGUCCCUUUCCCAUGCAGCUCCUCUGCCAGGAGGAGGAAAUUCAGGGACUCCCCUCCAGAUGCCUCACUCUGGGUGGGAGUGAGCUAAGGGGGGUUGGGCCCCCUCCCACCUGCUCAGCCCAGGGACGCCCAUAAAGGCUUGAUUUGAAAUUUGUAUUUCCCUCCUCCUGUCUUCUUGUGAUGUUCAUUAAACCUUCUUGCGCCUUGA